ACUUCAAAGACUAUAUAUAUACACCUUAAUUAGCUUUAUUAAAAAAGAAGAAGAGAGAGUCAUCAUAUACUAUGGCAAGUGUCAAGAUAUGGGUUUGCUUCGUUUUGCUUCUACUAUUCGAAUUGACCUCAGUGCACCAGUGUCGAUCUUUGCUCUCAAAAGAGCGACUUUCCGGUUCAAGCCGUGUGAUGAAGAUUAGACGAGAGCUUUCUGAGAGGCUAAAAGAGCUGAAUGCAAGACUAGAAGGCGAAGGGAAGAUCCUUGGCAAUGGUCUUGACUCGAAGCGACUCAGCCCCGGUGGUCCUGACCCAAGGCAUCAUUAACGAAGAGGAGACAAACAGAAUUCUGCAGUUAGUUUUGUCGGGAGAGGUUUUAAUACUACUAGAACUUUUUUGAACUAAACUGUAACCCUGUAGUGUUUCACUGACACCGACUUAUAAACAUUCAAGCUCUAAUCUUCUAAUAUGAAAGAUGUGU